AUGGUACUCCAAAACGCGCGAAGGAUCCCGAAAAAUCCGGACGCGACCGGUAACACGACCGACAAAGUGCUGCCUGACGAGCAGAGCCGCAUGUGCAACAUAUGCGGCCAGGUCUUCCAGCAUUUCUACUAUCUAGAGGAGCACCUAAAAAGCCACUGCUCGAAGAUAGCUCUAGAAGACGAAGGGAAGACGGAAGAGAAGAAGCACGUGUGCCAAGUCUGCAGCAAGAGUUUCAAAUUGCAUUACUACUUGAAAUUGCACAGUUUCACCCACACGAAGGAAAAACCAUACAUCUGUCAGCAGUGUGGGAAAGGAUUCAUUACCCGGGGCAAGUUGAAGAGGCAUCUAGAGACGCAUACGGGCUUGAAGAAAUACCAAUGUCAUAUAUGCUAUAAGUUCUUUACCAGACCGAGUUACCUCAGGAUCCAUGUACGGACCAUACAUGGCCCCCAAGACUUCAGGUUGAAUAAGCAGUUCGAGAAUGACAGUUUAAAGGAGUCUGGUUAG